AUGGCGACGCCCGAGCAGCCACAUGAAACUCCUCCUGAUGAUGAAUCAUUAGGUGAUUUAGAAGAGAAUGAGGAGACACAGGAUGAACCUCAGCCGCCAAAGCUCCGAGAGACUCCAGAGGACAUCAAACAAGAGGCCAUUGUUAAUACUCUGGCCUUUCAUCCAAAAGAGGACAUUAUUGCUGCUGGUGAUGUGGAUGGAGACAUAUAUUUGUACAGCUACUCCUGCACUGAGGGGCAGAACAAAGAACUGUGGUCGUCUGGACAUCACCUAAAGUCCUGCAGGAAGGUGGCCUUCUCACAUGAUGGAAAUAAAUUAUUCAGCGUGUCCAAAGACAAGGCUGUGCACAUCAUGGACGUGGAGGCUGGGAAACUUGUUACACGCAUUCCUAAAGCUCACAGCACUUCUAUCAAUUCAUUGCUGGUCAUUGAUGAGAAUUUGCUUGCCACUGGUGACGAUGAUGGCAUGCUGAAAGUGUGGGACAUGAGGAAAGGAACUUCAUUCAUGUCUCUGAAACACCAUGAGGACUACAUCAGUGACAUCGUGAUAGAUCAGGCAAAGAGGAUUUUACUUACAUCAAGUGGUGAUGGAACUAUGGGUGUGUUCAACAUAAAGAGAAGAAGAUUUGAACUGCUCUCCGAGUUUCAGGAUGGAGAUCUUACUUCUGUGUCUAUUAUGAAGAGAGGCAGAAAGGUGGUGUGUGGCUCCAGUGAAGGGACGAUCUAUAUUUUUAAUUGGAAUGGAUUUGGAGCAACUAGUGACCGAUUCGCCCUCCAGGCAGAGUCUGUGGACUGCAUUGUACCAGUUACAGACAGCAUACUGUGUACCGCCGCUACAGAUGGAGUUAUUAGAGCUGUCAGCCUCUUGCCCAAUCGCGUAGUGGGCAGUGUAGGUCAGCACAUCGGGGAACCCAUAGAGGAAAUUUCUUGCUCACGGGACAAGCGCUUUCUCGCCAGCUGUGCUCACGAUCAGCUGAUCAAAUUUUGGGACAUUUCCAACCUUUCAUCUAUGAGGGUGAAGGAUUACAGAAGACGGAAGAAGAAAGAUGGACGCCUUAAGGCGCUUAGCAAUAAAGCGUUUGGCGGGGGAGGGGACUUUUUCUCUGGACUGCUUGAUCCAGACGGAGCGAACAGUAAAGUUGAAGAGGAUGAGGACAGUGACGAAAAUGAGGAUGACAGUGACAGUGAAAGUGACUGAAUUGCUGUGAGAUUUGUUGUAAUCAAAUGGCUCUUGGAUUUAGUUCUACAGUUUGAGUUUACAAGCUGGCAUUAGUUUUGGUUUGCUGCAUCAGGUUAGGAGGUGCACUGAUCGAUAUUUUUAUAGCUAUUACUGAUUUACUGAAAGAAAAUUAUUUAAUCAUUCAUUUCAUCUGUUCAGAUGUUUUACCACUGCUUUAUCCUGGUCAGACAGGAAGCACUGCUGGGGAUUUAAACUCUAAAUCUUAGCAGCUGUGUGAGCUAGCGUGAUUUACUGCUGUACACCCUGAGUGCCCAUUCAGUUAAUGCAUUUACUCACUGUUCCCAGAGGUUUUUAUUAUGUUUUUGCCAAACAGACAAAUUCAACAAAUUCUUAAAAGACAGAUUAGCUGGUUUAUUACUAAAUAUCAUAAAAUAAGUGCUAAAGUAUGAGGCCGUUAGUUAAUUGGAAGAGUCAGUCAUUUUUUCGUAAUUGUGCAUCUUGAAUUUGAACUUGAACUGUGUAUAUAUAGCAAGCCUUGGCUUUGAAAUAAAAAAACAUGAUUGGCUGAUUCUGAUCUUGUACCAUUUGUUGAGGUAUAAAAUUAAAUCACAAUUUAGGGCCCAAAAAUUUGUUGACACCCCUCAUAAUUAUUAAGUUCAGGUGUAUGCUUUAAACUGCACAGAGCCAGUUAUUAUUAAAGGAAAGAUAGACUUUCUGAACUGUGAGGACCAAACAUUGUCCUAACAUUAGUCCAGUUGAACACCUUUGUGAUGAAUUUGAGCCAGGCAUUCAUCAAACAUCAGUACCUGACCUCAGUUGCCGCAGAUUUUUACACACUUCAGAGUAAUAAUGCCCAUGCCAGUGGUUUUGGAGUGUCAGCUUGGUGUUUAAAGUACUGCACUGGUGAUCAAAAUAUUGCUGAUGUUCAAACCACACCACUGUCAAUUUGCCACUGUUAGGCCACCAAACACGGCUCUACCCUUAAUUGCUUGUAUUGUAUUAAGUACAACUGUAAGUGACCAUAAAUAAAUACACUUUGGAUAAAAGGUUCCUGCUAAAUGUUAUAAAUGUAGUUCUCAUA